AUGUUGUUGACAGUUCAUUCAAAGAUUGAUGGGUUUUUUCUCAACUUUGGCAUGGAGCUAGUUACUACUGCUUUAUUUCUUUUACUGCAAACAAAACGUAAAGGAAACGCCUCUCAAUACUCUCCUUUAUUCAACUUUUUAUUACUCAUACAUAGAGUCUGCUUCUUCAAGCUAAAAACAAAGGUGUUGAAGCUUAUACCAAUCACAUGGAUUGCUACUACUCUACUUCUGAUUUUCUUCCAUCUUGUGUGUUCAGAUUGUGGUGAACAAAGGCUUUCUUCUUGUUCUUGUUCUGAUGAGAUCACUUCAAAUAGAAACUCAUGUUCUGUUGAGGUGGGAAGUGUUGGCAGGGUUUCUUUUCUUAUUGAGAAUGAGAAGAAUCAGACAAAUUUGAUUCAGCAUUUGAGUUCUAAGGCCAAGAUGAAUGAGAAAGAAGAAGAGGUUGUGGUGCUGAGAAGAAGCAGCAGCAGUUGUGUUGAUAUAAAAAGGCAUGGUUUUUGGAGAAUUGGGAAAUUAUUUAGGAAGAACAAGAAGAAGGAUUGUGGAACAAGUGUUGUUGGGUUCGAUGACAACAAGAGUGAGAUGUGGAUGGUGAAUCAUCAUCAUGGGCAUGGGGGUGUAUCAAGGUCAAGAUCUCUUUGCAGUUUCAGGGGUGGUGCUAUAUUUGGAUCUGAAGAUGGUGGUGAUUCAGUUUUAUCAGGUGCUAGAAGUUCUAUUUCUGCAGCUAGAAGUUCUGGUGUGAAUGGUGGUUUGAUGUUAGAAUCUGGUAGGAGAAGUGGUUACAGUGAAGCAGAACCAAGAAGAAGUGAUUUCUAUUAUGAAUAUGAGAAUGGUAGAAAGAGUGGAGUAAUGGAAGUUGAUGGAAGCUACAUAAACAGACGUGUUUUUUCACUUAGAGAGAGUGAUUUCAAAGGCAUGGAUGAAUCUAGUUUUAUUGACUUGAAGCUUGAUUAUUCAUCAGAAUCUAAGCAGCAUGAUUUCAACAAUGCAAAGAUGCCUGAUAAUAAUACACUCUCAGGCUCCUCUUUUGGAAGCAUAAAUGUUGGAGAUGGAGGUUCAUCUUGUAGGAUCACUGUGAAUGACAGAGGAAUGAAAAGUGGAAGAAGAAAAAGCAUCAAGGGUUGGAGAUGGAUUUUCAAAUAUCACUCAAGGAAAAGAGAUCAAGACCUUAUGUUCAAAACCUGA